GGGAGUUGAGGACAAGACGAUAUCGCGCCGACAAUUCGCCAAUUAUCCACCACACACCGGAUCAUUGGGGGUCGAAAUUCUCUAUACCAAUUAUAGACUCAUCACAAAAUGAUUCAAUUAAAAACGAUAUUAAAUUGCAUCGACAACUCGGGCGCCGCCCUUGUUGAGUGCGCCCUUGUGGUCGGCCAGAAGAGACACGCCAAGAUUGGUGACCGAAUCGUUGUGGUUGUUCAGGAACAGCGCGCCUCAUCCUCCGGAGGUAUGGCUGGCGUCUCCAACGCUGCCAAGGUCAAGCGUGGUGAUAUCCGCCACGCCGUCGUUGUCCGCACCAAGUACCCUACCCAGCGCCGCGACGGCUCAGUUGUCCGCUUCGACGACAACGCGUGCGUAUUGCUCAACAAAGCCGGUGACCCCGUCGGCUCGCGAAUCUCGGGUGUGGUCGGUGCCGAACUCAAGAGAAAGAAAUGGAGCAAGAUCUUGUCCAUGGCCCCCAUGCAGGCGUAAGGUUCUGCGUGGUGUCCAUCGGUGAGAAGGGUGUUGUGUAAGAAUGUGGAUUUAAAUGUACAUUAUGGGUGUUUCAACAUGGCAUAUUUUGCGCGGCGUUUUAUAUAUGAUAGAGCUGGUAUACUAGCGAAUAAUGCAAAGCUCCUCUACAUUACAUAUCAUGACUACGUUUCGGUUAUUUCAAGCGAGAAGUUAAAUUGAAAUCUUCUUGGAAAGAAGCUACGAGUAUUCACAGGAGAAUCUAUUUGAAGAACUGUCUUUUUGUUUGUAAAAUUGUACUGAGUGCAAGAUUCCGAGUGUGCAUAAUAGUAGCAUCACUGGCGCUGUGUAUAAACCUAAAACUCCAUAGGCAAAGAGAAAUUUAUAGUAGAAACAGAAAAGCAGAGGCCACGCGGCCAUAAAACUCCAAGCCAACCGAUGCUGUAAAACAAUACACCCUAAUACUCCCUGCCGAACACCAGGAGUUCCUGACAACUGGGUCAAACAAGAGAUUUUGUCUUCUUUUUAACUCCCCGUCAUGAUGAAAGAAAUAUUAAACAUGGUAACACGCUCCUUUUUGUACUCCCUUUUAUGUGAAAAUGUGACCGCACUCGCAGCAAACGUAGAAAAGUUUCUUUGUAGGCAAAUUGUUAACACGGUGAGAUGGAUAUACCAGGGGAGGAGAAUGCUUACCAUACCAGUCUCGGCACUGCGCUCUUGAGACUGAAAGAAGACGGCUUCCUCGUGAUUGCACUUCGGGCAAGUCUUGUUGGAACGGGGAAGCUGUAGUAGUGGUAAAAAUACAAUGUCAGCCACAAUUUCCAGAAUUGGUGGUGGUGGUGAUGAGGCAACGGGUAGAAAUAGACAAGUCAAGAACAAAUAAUGCCAGUAAAAUGCAACAUCAGUGUCGUUAUGCCAGUUGUGGGCUGGCCGAGGUUUGCUGUGCAAAGCCAUAUACAGGCAAUCGCUAUGUCGUUGGUCGGUAUGUGCAUCGGGGUUAUUAUAAGAACAUUUCGUCAUCGUCGUCGUCGCUGGCUUCGGAUAGUGAUGAUAGCAGCUCUUGCGUAAAUGAUUCAACAUCGCUGUCACUGCUGGCGGAGCACCACCCGUCGACCAUGUCGAUGGCACAGGCGAGUUGGAACGAGCUCGAGUCGAAGCGCGCAAAGAAUUCGCCCUCUGUCAUGGGUGACGGCAUAUCCGGAGAGUCGUAGGUAAAAUCCGCAAUAGUCGGGGCGACACCAAACGCACUAGCCUUACCGUUACGUUCGGCGACACAGCCCAGAGGCGAGCAUGCCGAGCCACACACUCGGCAUGCAAUGAAUGUUCCACACGAAAGACAAAUGCUAGGCAUGGCUUGACUAACCGUAGGGUCGGAUCCAACAUCCUGGGUGACACCGGCGGUCUCUCCCGAGGUGUUGUUCAGAAUGUUGCGGAAGACGCAACUAGUAGUGGCCUCUUCUGUGUAUUGGCACGUUCUGCAGGUGUACUGCAGCUUGUGCGCCUCCUCGUCUUCCUUGGGGUAAAGCAUGUUGGAGCAUUCCGAGCAGAAGCGGAAAGUGAUCUGCUCGAGCUGCUUGCUUUCGCCCGAGGCAUCGAAGUCGUUGUUGGAUUGAGGAGAAGCCAUGGCUGAGAUGUGUCGAGGGGUGUAGUCGUUGCUCGAAAGGGGGGUGGUGUUCGAAAACGGCGAUGAAGGAGGAGGAAUUAAAAUCCAGGCGGAGGCGCAGAGGGCCUAGCGAUGCGAUUUAUGUAGAUGAUAGCGGACUGCGCUGGGCGAAUUGGUGGUAGAUGGGAAUGGAUGAAAAAAGGAUGGGCGUAAUGAAACGCGAUUGCGGAGUGGCGGCAAAGUCCAAAAUUUAGGCAGCG